AUGAACGAGGAAGAUUUAGAUGGCAUUGAGAUUCUCCCGGAUAAUCCCGAGGAGCUUUUCGAGGAGUUGGAGAAUGCCGGCACCGGGAACUUCGGGGUCGUGAUCAAGGCGCGUAACCGCCAAACCAAUGAAAUCGUCGCGAUCAAGCAGGUCCUCAUGACGGAUAAAUCCGAGGUGGAUAAUAUUCAGCGCGAGAUUAUCAUUUUAAAGCGCUGCGUGCAUGCGAAUAUUGUGCGCUACUACGGCACUUAUCAAUCCCUGGGCAAGCUGUGGAUUGUGAUGGAGUAUUGCGAAGGCGGGUCGGUGGAUUUGGUGUAUAAAUUACUUCGCCAUCCACUCCCGGAAAAGCUCAUCGCGUACGUCUGCCGUGAGGUGCUGCUCGCGUUGGAGUAUUUGCACGCCAAUCGUCGACUGCAUCGCGAUGUGAAAGGGAGUAAUAUUUUGCUUACGCAGGAUGGGCAUAUAAAACUGGUGGAUUUUGGCGUGAGUGUGGAGCUUUUGCAUUCGAUGGAGUGGCGGAAUACUUUUAUCGGCACGGUCUUGUGGAUGGCACCGGAGGCGAUUUUGGAAAUGGACUACGGCGAUCGUGCGGAUUUGUGGAGUUUGGGGAUUACACUGAUUGAAAUGGCGGAGAAUGGGCCUCCGCAUGCGGGAAUGCACGUCGCGCGGGCCGUUUUUCAAAUCCCCCGUGAGGAUCCACCGGUGUUGAAGAAAAAAGAUCAGUGGUCGCCCCAAAUGAAUUUUUUUUUAAAACGUCUUCUCGUGAAGGAUAAGAACGCCCGCCCGGGGGCCUCGACGAUGUUGCAGGAUCCGUUUGUGCAGCCCGAGAACAUCGGUACGGCGGAGCAAAUGAAAGCUAUUAUCGAUGAGAUUCUCGAGAAGAAAAAGAGUACGAAUUUAAAUAAUCUUCGCAGCGCAAACUUCUCGUCGAGCAGCUCCAACGCGACUUUUGUGCACGUUAGAGACGACCACAGCGAUUCCGAUGAGGAGAGCAAUCCGAAUAAUAUUAGCCAUAACAUUAGUAAACAACAUGGUGGGUGUGGGAUUGUAGGCGGGGAAAGCCACUCUCCUCGCCAUCCCGAUGCCGCGGCUCUUUCGGAGCUGGAUGAAAAAUAUGCCUCGGCCACGAUGGAGGGCCUUCUUCCGCUUCCUUUGCUUUCCGCCGAGGAUUUGAGUUUUGACGAGCUCGCGUUGGCUGAGCUGAAUUCGACCAAACCGCCUGCGGAGGAGGUGGAGGAGCUUUACGCGAUGUUGGCCCCCGAUGCCUACCGUGGUGGUGUGCGAAACACCGCCGCGAUGGCGGGCGUGAAGCCGCCGGAGUUUAUCCUUCAAACCACGCAUACGCUCGCACAGGCCUAUCGUUAUCGACGAAUGCUUCCCCAACGUCUGCGGACGAUCGACAUUGAGGAAAAGACGCGAACACAGCAGCUGAUGGAAAAGUACGGUAUUGCAUUGAAAAAUAUCUACCGCAUUUGA